AUGCACAAAAAUACAACCAAAGGAAUUCCUGAUAUUCCACCCGAUGCCCGAUGGGCACAGAAUGGAGUACCUGUUGCUGGAGGCUAUGGACUAGGCAGUGCCAGCAAUCAACUCAACGGGCCUCUUGGUCUCUUCGUUGAUGAUGAUCAAACGAUAGUCAUUGCUGACUACGACAAUCAUCGUAUCAUCCAAUGGAAGAUGGGUGAUACGAAUGGACAAGUUGUAGCUGGUGGCAAGGGCCGAGGAAAUCGAUUGGAUCAAUUGAAUAGUCCAACCGAUGUGUUGAUCGACAAAGAGACGAAUAGUCUCAUUAUUUGUGACCGAGAGAAUCGACGAGUCGUACGAUGGUCUCGUCGUAGUGGCACAGCUCAAGGAGAAAUCCUUAUCGACAACAUCUUGUGUUCUGGAUUGGCCAUGGAUGAUCAGAGAUAUCUCUACAUCUCUGACACCGACAAAGAUGAAGUAAGACGAUAUCAAAUAGGAGACAAGAAUGGAGCUCUUGUAGCUGGUGGCAAUGGCGAAGAUACUGGUCUCAAUCAACUCAACUGGCCGACCUACAUCUUUGUCGAUCAACAACAGACUGUCUACGUGUCAGACAGGGACAAUCAUCGUGUAAUGAAAUGGAAUAAAGGUGCAAAAGAAGGAAUUGUCGUCGCUGGAGGUCAAGGCUAUGGGAAUGCUCUGACACAAUUGAAUCAUCCUAAAGGACUGUUCGUCGAUACAUUGGGUACCAUCUAUGUGAUGGACUCGUGGAAUCAUCGAGUGAUGCGUUGGCCUAAAGGAGCGAAACAGGGCACUGUCAUUGUGGGUGGAAAUGGUCAAGGAGCAGGAGCAAAUCAGUUCAACGGUCCAGUCGGUUUGUCCUUCGAUCAACAUGGCAAUCUCUAUGUCGUCGAUUAUGGGAACCAUCGUGUUCAACGUUUUUCAAUCGAAUAGACUCGUUGUGAUAGAUUUUUGUUUGCGUUCCUUUCGUUUCAAAUAAAUCACAUUGAAUUGAUGAAAUGAAUGACUUAUUCUAUUCUAUUCGCGCGCGCGCGACCAGGAACCAUCCUGGUGGAGCCGUGGCGAGCGUAACGCUCAUGCACGCACAGGACAGACUCAUAUCAUUCAUACCCUCCCCGCGAGAGAUAUGUCAAUGAGUCUGAAUAAGCCUGAUCGUGUGCCACGGACACCAAGAUAGUUCCUGGCCAGUGUUUAACGUCUAACCUGGGAAGACGAUCUAACUAACACCCAUAACUCUAUCUCACUUAUCUUAGAGUAGUCCUAUCCUCACUCCCACUCAUACCUUAUCUAUCUCACUAACUAUAAAGAAAUUUUUUAAAUAUAAUUUGUAUGACUCUAAUAAAAACAUGAGCAACCAUUUUUUUUUGUCCUAUUUAUCAGCAAAUGGGUAUUGAGAGAACUUCUCCAACUGAUAUCCUCUGUUCGAGAUCAUAAGUAGGACUCAUAGUCAUGAUGAAAACAUUAAACAUGUUUGUGCUCUUAAGCCUUUCAUGAUUGUUCUAGUAAAUUUUCAGCAUAUUGCAGGAUAUUCACAAAAAGAACUGCAAUAACGAGUCUCCAUUUGAAACUUUCUUCAAUAACAAAUCUCACAACAAUUAUUACAUACUAAAAGUUUUAGUUCAAACGAAUAGAUCCAAGUCGAUCAAUCAGACAGUGAGAUCAAUCACAGAUUAUUGCGCGUUCAUACAAGAUCGUACAAUUUGAUUUCACUAUAUUGUUUGAAUCCUUUACAGUAUCCCAUACAGGUUAGAGUUCUCUUCUUUAUAAAUUACCAUACCAUGCAUACGCAUACAUAGCCAACAUUUAAAUUUCUGGUAGCAUAACUAGAUACAGAUUUAUUUAUAUACCUUUACUCAGAAUUGGAACUGGUCUUUAUCAGUUCUCUUUUUUUUCGCAGAUGUGAACGAGAAGGAAAAGAACAGCGUAUGCAUUUAUAUGAUCAUAUUCUUAAUAUCGAAUAAAACUUAGUUGUUACUUGAAAAAGUAACUGCCUAAUGCAAAAUAGUUUGUGUUAACAACAGAAGAAUUACUUGAAUUUUGUAUUAUAAAAUUAACUUUAUAAAAAAAAAAGAACUAUUCUUUUGCUUUAUUCGUAUCUGAGCAUUUCAGAUAGUCACUCCGGAAUAUUGUGUAGUGAACAUGAGGACACAGUAAAUAAAUUAUAUUUUGUAUUUUCAUAUCAUUUUGAAAUUAUUCAUAGAAGAUCAAUGAAGAAAUGUAUUCCUAUAUGAAACAUACUCUAUUGGUAUUUAAUGUUGAGAAGAAACUAAAAAUAAACAGAGCGAAAAAGAAAAUAUUAGUUUUUUUACGAUUGCAUUUUAAUGUUGAUUAUUUCAAAUAAUGAAGAUAGAUAUUUUUUAUUUGUACUUCAUAAUUUACAUUCUUGUUAAGAUGUAAAUAGCCAGUAUUGGCAUAAUCUGUAGCUAGAAGAUAAUAAAACUUCUCUAUCAUUGAGUCUCUGUUUGUUUGCUUGAUAUCACAAACAGAUUGACAAAAAAAAGGUUUUAUCAAGUCUAAAAUGCUAAUAUUAUAUACUGAGGGUGUGGGUGUGCAAGCAUAUAAUACCUACACCCACACCCACAAAAACAGUGAAUUCUAAAACAGUUUCUUCUUAUGCAAUAUCGGAGACAAAAACGUUCCAAUCUCUCUUCUUUAGACCGAUGAAAACUGCAGCUCGUUAGCUGUUCCUGUUCUCAAGUUAUUCAAAAACAAAAAUACUCAGGGCUCUUUUGUUUUAAAUGGAUAUUAGUUAUAGUUAGAGAGCUGAAACUUCCAGAAAUAAAAGAUCUUAAUUAGAUACAUAUGUGAUAAAC